UACCUUUCCUGGCCUAGCACAACCCUCCAGAGACCGGCCUUGCCCCAGCCUGAAGCUUGGCCUCCCUGUGGGGGCCGUGAGGCCGGGUGAAUGAACAGCCAGGCCUCCCCAGAGGAGGCUAGGCCUCCCAGGCCUGGGCCAAAGAGCUUCCUGUUCACAGAGAUGAGGAAUGCAUCAGGGGUUCUGAAAACAGCCGGAGCUUCCCUGGUGUCAGCGACCUGGCUUCCACCCAGCCCCCCUCCGGCAAUGCCCACAGUGGCAGCCGGGCCACAGAUGGAUCGCGUGGACAACGGCUCGCAGGGCCCCCCGCAGCUCUUCCUCACCAGCGCAUUGGCCCGAGGCGUUUCAGGCGUAUUUGUAUGGACUGCUCUACUGCUAACCUGCCACCAGAUCUACUCCCACCUGCUUUCCUACACCGUCCCCCAAGAGCAGCGCUUCGUCAUCCGCCUCCUAUUCAUUGUGCCCAUCUACGCCUUCGACUCCUGGCUCAGCCUCCUCCUCCUCGGGGGCCAUCCAUACUACGUCUACUUCGACUCUGUGCGAGACUGCUACGAAGCAUUUGUCAUCUACAGUUUCCUGACCUUGUGCUUCCAAUAUCUGGGGGGAGAGAGCGCCAUCAUGGCUGAGAUCCGUGGCAAACCUAUCAGGUCCAGCUGCUUCUAUGGGACCUGUUGCCUCCGUGGCAUGUCCUAUUCCAUCACUUUCUUACGUUUCUGCAAACAGGCCACACUACAGUUCUGCAUUGUGAAACCAGUCAUGGCUUUGAUCACCAUCAUCCUCCAGGCUUUUGACAAAUACCACGAUGGGGACUUCAACAUCCACAGUGGCUACCUGUAUGUGACCCUCGUGUACAACGCCUCGGUUAGCCUGGCUCUCUACGCUCUGUUCCUUUUCUACUUCGCUACCAGGGACCUCCUGAGGCCCUUCGAGCCGGUGCUCAAGUUCCUCACCAUCAAAGCCAUCAUCUUCCUCUCCUUCUGGCAGGGAAUGCUGCUGGCCAUCUUGGAGAGGUGUGGGGUCAUCCCCGAGGUUCAGGCCGUGGAUGGCACCAGGGUCGGGGCUGGUACCCUGGCCGCUGGCUACCAGAAUUUCCUCAUCUGCAUUGAGAUGCUGUUUGCCUCCCUUGCACUGCGAUAUGCCUUCCCCAGCCAGGUGUACUCAGAGAAGAAGAACUCACCAGCCCCACCAGCACCUAUGCAAAGCAUAUCCAGUGGCUUGAAGGAGACCAUCAGCCCACAGGACAUUGUCCAGGAUGCCAUCCAUAACUUCUCACCAGCAUACCAGCAGUAUACACAGCAGUCCACACACGAAGCCCCUGGGCCUGGCCAGGGUGAGCACCCAUCGCCCAACACUCACCCUGGCCCAGCCAGCAGCUCUGGAGGGGGUAAGAAGAGUCGCAACAUAGAGAAACGCAUGCUGAUUCCCUCAGAGGACCUGUAGGGGCAUGGGGUGUGUGGAGCCUAGCUGGCGACCCACCCAUCAGCAUCCCUUGACAGAGGCCCAGCCUCUUCUGAGAGCCUCACUGCAGGGUGCAUGGAGCCUCUCUAUUCCAUGUCUAGCCCAGAGUGAAGUCACCUGGGCAAAACCAAAGACCCUGUGAGAUGUCUUAGUUACAGCCUGCAGGUGGAGCUAUGAGUUGGCCCUUCCUUCCUUCCACGGGCAGAAGAAAACAGAUGGUUAGAAACCAGGCUGUAUCACUGUAGAGAGAGAUGGCCAGGGAGAAAGGGCCCAGUCACUCAGGGCUGGGGAGCCACACAGCCUGGGCAUAGUUGUGGCUAUCUUGUGUGCAUGAAGAAGGUCCCUUGCCCCUUGUUUAAGCACAGAUAUUUGGCAAGGCCCUCCCAGGCACAGCCUACCCUAUUUAGCACAACAGAGUUGCCAGUGUGCCAGCCUACCAGCUACUAACUGCUUAUUUAUAGAUAAACGUUGCAUUUUCUAGA